AUGACCGACAGCGGCAUUGAUUCUCAGAAUAUGUCUUCUGAAGAAAAUAUCACUUCUGUUGAAAAUGUUGAAAGUUCUGAAGGUGGAAACCUCUCCGCAGCCAAGAAAGUAGAAAACAAGCCCCGGGCACCUAAAAUCUGCCCACUGUGUGGUGCAAUAAUAAUCCAGUUAAAACGUCAUUUUACUGGAGUCCAUAAUUUGUCUGAUAGAGAUGCUGCUGUUUUAAGCAGCCAGGGCGUGACCGCCAAAACCGAUAAAAAGGAGUGCCCGACAUGUGGUAAAUUCGUCACCGAAUUGGGCCACCAUCUAAUUAGAACCCACCACAUGUCGACCACCGAUCCUGAAUACUUCAGGAUGACCAGAAGGCAAAGUAGACCUCGCACUCUUACACAGGAGGAGGUAGACGUAGAGACAGAGAGGGCACAAGGUCAGGACGAGGAGGAGGAAGAUGACGAAUCUGAGAAACCGAAACUCCACGGACGGAGAAACAAGGGUCUUGCUGCAGGCCCUGUCUUGGAAACCCUCGAAUUAUUUUUUCAACACCUUCAAAGGGUGGAUAGGAAAGGCUUGAGUUUAAAAAAUGCAAAACAACAUAGAAACCAGGUGGAAAAUAUCUGGUUGAAUUAUGCUGGUGAACCAAGCAUUGAUAACUGGUCUAAUCCAAUCACUUACGAAAGCCAAGGGAAAAUGGAGAAGAAGAAUAUACAGCUUCCACAAGAAAUCCUCGCUUUCCGUCUACUCAAAAGAGCCAACAUAACACCGGAAGAACGAUUAUUGGUUUUAACAGGGAUGGAUUACAACAAGAUUGAUAAACUGUAUGAAGAUGCAAAACAGUCUUUGAGGAAAUUUAAAGGUGACACAUGUCCAGGUCAAACAAGACAGUCAAACCCAAUCGGCCAUAAUGGCAAAAUUAUGACUUGUAAGUCCUGUGGGUCAUUUAGACAUCUCAUCGCGCAAUGCCCAGAUAGUUGGGAAAACCUGGCUAGAGUAAACGUUACUAAUGAAGAAAAUGUAGUUCUUUGGACAGGAAACAAGGCUGAAAAUGUUGCGAAAUUAGGCGUUGAAGCUCAGAACAGUGUGGUUUUAGAGAGUGCUUGUUCCAGUACGGUGUGUGGCAAGACAUGGUUUGACAAUUAUGUGAAUUCCCUUGAUACUGGUGAAAAGUCGAAAGUAGUAAAAGCUAACGGAAGUAAGAUAUUUAAGUUUGGUGGAGGUACAUGCCUGAAAUCAUUGGCAAUGUACACUAUACAGGCAACAUUAGCUGGACAUGAUGUACUUAUAAAAACUGAUGUCGUUGAAUCGGACAUUCCUUUGCUCUUAUCCCGUAAAGCUAUGAAAAGUGCUCAGGAAUGUGAUCUGUGCAAACAAUACGUCAAGACGCCCCCAAGACCAGUUGUGUCGAUGCCCAUGGCAUCUAGAUUUAAUGAAAAGGUUGCUAUGGACCUAAAACUUUGGCGGGGUUUAUGGAUUUUACAUAUAAUUGACAUAUGGUCGAGAUAUACAGUGUCUUUAUUUAUUGCUAGAAAACGCCCCUGUGAUGUGAUAGAUGGACUGAUGGGACGUUGGGUGGCUGUGUUUGGUGUUAAGGGAGGAAUUAUGACUGAUAAUGGUGCACUGGAUGGUCUAACAAGCAGUGAACGUUUUGCAGAACAUUUGAAUGCCCUUCACUCGGCUAGAAGAGCAUUCAUUGAAACUGAAGCAGAUGAAAGAAUACGACGCGCUCUCAGAAACAAAGUUCGUGAAUCGGAACAAGUAUUUGUAAAUGGUGACCAGGUGUAUUAUAAACGGGAAGGCAAAGAUCGCUGGCUUGGUCCAGGCAGUGUAGUGUUUCAAGACGGUAAAGUGGUUUUUGUAAGACAUGGCGGUGUAUUCAUUCGCACUUCUCCUAAUAGACUGAUUAAGAAAAACAGUGGCAUUGCGAUAAAAUCAGACACCAAUUUGAACAUUGAGAGUGCAACUGAUACCACAAAACAGGACAUUAACGAGAUUCGUUUAGAUAUAUCUGCUCCGCAAGAUAAUGUUCAAUGUGUACCAUCAGAAACAUUAGCCAAAAAUGAUGGACUUUCUAGUGGCUGUGGUAAUGAUGCUAUUGGUGUUAAUCAUAAAAAUUUGCGCCCUGAUGAUGUGAUAGAGUACAAGAUAGAUGACUCUCCAGAUUGGAUACAGGCUACAGUGUUAAAUAGAGCAGGAAAAGCAACAGGUUCUUAUAGAAAUAAGUAUAAUGUUAGAGUUGAAGAAAGUGGUGAAAAGAUGAGUAUAAAUUUAGACCAAGUUAUAUGGAAGAGAAAAUAUUUACGUGACAACCAACUUAUUACAUCCGAUCAGAGGCAGGAAAGGGAGGUCAGUUUUAAAUAUGCGGACGCCAACCUUAAAAGGCUUGUGAUUGUUCAAAAAGGGCGUUUGAGAGAAAAGACUAAAAAACUCAUAUUUGAUCCCGCCGAUUUUUCCGACAUUAGAAGGCCUAUAGUCAAGGCAUCAAGGCCUUGGAAGAUGCGCCACUGGGUUCCUACCCCUUACAGGGAUAUUCUUGCCGUACUAAUGUACGAGCUCUUGAUCGGUUCGGGUCGGCGCUGUGGGGCAGUACUCAAUUUAACUGUUGGGGAAUUUAGAGAUGCCAGAUUUAUUCCCAAAUCCAAGUGUCACCUCAUCGAAUCAAGCAAUCAUAAAACUGCUAUGAGCGGAUCCGCUCAAAUGACGGUCGAGGAAGAUAAAUGGUGCAUGUUUCGCAAGUAUCAUGAUGCUUUCAGGCAUCGGGCUCUCCCGGAAGAGGUUUUCUUUUUGUUCAAAGGGAGGAAUCCUUUAGAAGAGACGCCUUCAUCGUACAUGGCUAAUGUCCUAAAUUCCAGAUAUCGAAAAUUUUUACACAAUAUGGAUAAAUCCGUGGCGCCUACCAGUUUCCGGAAGUCAAUAGUAACCAACUUAUUGACAUCCGACCCCUCGAUAGCUCCCGACUUGGGAAAAGCCAUGAACCAUAGCACCAAAACGCAAAGGCUACAUUAUCAGCAGGACCUCUCUGCAAACCGAGCUGCAGAGGUCGGCAAAAUAAUUAGGAGCCGUUUGACUGGUCGUCCGGCUCCCACUGCCACUGUCACAAGUGGACAGUUGGAGGAGUCUGAAAAGUCUUCAUCAUCACCCACCACAUCCCCAUUUCAUUUACGCCCUCAUUCUCCCUAUAGGACCCCUUCACAUUCACCAUCAGCAUCACCACCACAUUCCACCCAGUCAUCAUCACAGCCAGCAGCUUCUUUCCCCAUUGAACUUAGCCCAGUUUUAAACUUGGAAAGGUUUGUAGUAGAAAAGGUAUCAUCUCUUACUCCCGAGGCCCUUCAAAGUGCCCCAAUAGAGGAUAGCCCCCUUUUCAAAACUAAUUUAAAAAGGAAGAGACCGAUGUGCUAUGAUGACGAGGAGGUGACAUCAUUAUCCUCUUCCUCGUUUACUAUUCCAGCCUCAUCCCUUCGACCAUCUUCAUCUGUUCCACCCGCAUGCUCAUCCUCAUCCCCCUCAACUAAGUCACCUUUAGCCCUUUCCGUCAAACAAGUCCCUGUGACAAGAAUGAAGUGGAGCCCAGAAGAGGAAGAAGUAGUAAAAACCCACUUUUCUGGAUUUAUUAAUGGCACCAACCCAUUAGUAAUUAAACAUGUCCGAAUUGUAAAAGAUGAAGCUUGUCCGAACGCUUUGAACAAUAAAACAAUAAAACAGAUAUAUGACAAAAUCAGAACAUACAUUAGACAGAAAAUAUUUGAAUUUUAA